GGGCGGUGAAGGAAAUGCAAAGUGACCCCCCUGCGCUGCCUACAGAGAAGGGCACGGCAGGGUGAGCCUCUUGAUGGGGGCGCCGGUGAAAGGGCGCCGUCGGUGAGUCAGACGGAACAAAGAUAACGUGUGGCGAAUCCGUUUACAGUGGGGGCGCGCAGGAAUAGGGGAGCCUUGUUCCUGAAAGGGGGUAAAAUUCUCCUCUCGUGGUAGUUGCACGACUUCAGAGGUGUGUUCUCCACCACCAAAGGGGACUGAAAUGUUCUGCUAAAGCACGGGCAUCGGGAGGGCUGCGGGGGCGUACGGCGUGCAUGUGUGUAGUUUGGCAGCAGGGUGGGGAUUUAAUCUCAUCCUGCUGCGCCUUGUUUUCCUUUUUCCCUCCUCGGAUAAAGAGAAUCGGAUCCCGAUGUGCGCUGCACAGAGUCUGGCCUGGCCGCCGCCGUGGCCCGUGGCGUCGGGGCUGUCACGGGUGCAGCGGCCCCGUGCCCUUUGCGCCUGCCACUUAGGCAACCCAUCUGCCUUCCCCUGCUCUCCGGCGAGAUUCUCAGCCGCCGCCGACCCCCUCCGCCAGCAACUGACACGGAGACAGCCAGCGCUGUGCCUAGCAGAAGACCCCCCACCUCUCCUCCCCUCGCCCGACCAGCGAGCGAGAGAGAACGCGCCGGACGGCCGCCUAGCAGCCAGUCUUCUUGGAACUCUUGACGCGCGCGGAUCUCUGACAAAGUCAACUCGUCAGACGCGUGUGUGUGGCGUUAAAGUGAAGUGCCUGUUCAUCUUGAUCAUCAUGUGUCCAAGUUGUUCAUCUCAUCAAGCCCGAAAGGGCCGCUUCGCCGGGGCCUUAGCUGUCGCCAUGAUGGGCUAGGCUUCCCCCACUUCGCCCUGCUGCCAUGAGGGCACAACGCCUAAGAAGAAUGCCACGCCACCGCCACCACGCCACCAUGGGUUUCGGCCCCUUUCAAGCCCUGAUGUGUUGGGAGUUACGACCCCCGCCCUCAACGGUCUUGUGUCUCAAGGUCACCAUCUGAUGACGUGAUCUGCUUCUCUAUCAAUGCGGUGAUUGUGUACCGUUGUCUUCCGGACGUGGGAGGCGCCCCCAUGCUCCAAAUUGUUGUAUUGUCUGUAGCUGUUAGACGAUACGUUGGUGAGUGCACUCAAUAGUUUAUUUAUUUCCUUGGCCAAGGUUUAGUUUUAUGCAAUUGCUUUGUUUCUGUAAUUCUACCGCUCGGAGUGUCCGUGCUGUUGUUUCAAUUUUGUUGCGGUAGUACUAGUACUUGUUUUAGUUCUUUUUAAAUUACUUUUUGCAGUGUGUAGUUACUGUAUGUACGGCUGUAUGUGUCGUUCGUUUUUGUUAUCAACCCGAGCUUUGUUUUUGAGCUUUUGUUGACCCUCUGGGAGGGGUAUUUUUGCGCUGCAAUUUUUGAACGCGCGGUUGCCUGCUGGCCAGGCGUACUUGCUAUUUAGCGACACUCGGUUUCUGAGUUUGUUUCGCUCGUGCACGUUUUGUUUCCUUUCGAUUUCCCGUUUAUGGGACAUAUCCCUUUUCUGCCACUGCUGUUUGGCUCUAGUAUCACUGUUUUGUGAUUUUGCCGUGAAGUGUUGUAGAUAUGCUUUGUGCUGCGUUAUGCCCCUAUAUGCUUUUGUGAAUGCUUUUUGCCUUUAUGAUGCUGUGUUAUGCUUCUGUGAAUGUUGCUUUAUCCCUUGUGCAUUGCAAUGUUUGUUUAUGUCUGAAUUUGGUUUGAGUUGAUUUGUGCUCGUAUUUAUUUCAAGCAGCUUUGCUUUUUGGCUAUCUUGCUAUAUAUCUGAUUGAUUUAAGCCCUUACUGUCGACUGUUUUGAGUCGUGUUGCUGUAGUGUUGUAUAAAGGCUUGUUUAAUUUCCAACUUUGCAAUUGUGAUAAUUGCUUAUUUUACUUUGCUGGCUUAUAUCUCUUUAUUAUCAAAGGGGAUACUUUUAUCAUAGAUAGUUUUUGUACCGUCUCUGCUUUGCUAUCAGUGGUAAUUGAUUUUGCUAUUGUUUUUGUGUGUGUUUUUGUGAUGCUUUUGUUUUUGCAUUACUUUGCCUACUUGUCUAAAGAUUUAUUGUACCCUAUGCGCGUGGGUUCCAGCCCCACAAUUGUGAUUAGCUUUACCAGUAUUUCAUAUUGUUCAUCAUCUACUCUGCAACCUAUUUAUUAAUAAAUCUUUCUAAAUAUAAACUUUAUAUCUUAUCUAUUCAAAACUAUGCAUUAGUGACGGCGGCGGAUAUUAAUAUAAAUUCUUUUCUUUAGCUAUUUUUGCUAUUGCUUCUUCAUCAAUCAUUAUUUAACUUCAUUCUUUUAUUAUCCGCCUGGCGCCCAUUAAACAAAAGUCGUCACUACUGUGCAGUUCCGCCCCACUUUACUCUUACUUGUUUUUCGAAGCACUUUUUCAUUCAAUCCACACUCAUAUGUAAAGCGGCCAGGACAACUCGGCGUCCGAGAAAAGCUACCUUUGUGGAACACCCGCGCCUCAACACCCUGAGCAUAGCCGUGACAAAUGGCGCCCAACGUGAUUAGCUUUUCUUGUACAGUGCUUUUUUAAAUUCUUGAGUGGUGGCAUCUUUCUUUCAUUCUUUUUAUGCAAAUAUUUUAUUCAAUUUCCCUCUCAGUGGCUGGUCCACUCUUAAAUAUUUCAUUGCUUUUGUUUUCAAUUAUCCUAGCACAGCUUCAAGCUGUUACUUUUAAGUAAAUUUAAAUUGUAACCUUAUUGUGUUUUGUCUUGUGUUCAACAAAGACUUAGUUGUACCUGCAAUCAUAUUGUUCUUAGGUUGCUCUUUUAUUCUUCACCUUAGUUUGUGAUGCUAUGCUAUUCUGUACUUAAAAAAAAAAAAACUUGUUUUAAAAAAAAAAAAAAUUGUGGCUUUGGUGUGAUUGUGCACUGUGUGCGGUUUUCUUCUGGUGUUGUGCCCUCGCAGUGCUGCGGGGCGAAGAAUUUCUCAAGUGAAUUUCAGUAAAUCUACAUUGAUUGUGCUGAUACUUUAAGACAGUGACUUUAAUAUUUGUGUUGUGUGAACUAUUUCGAAAUCAAUCAUGGCUCGGGUCCCUGUGCCCCUUGAUUUCUAUGCGUUGUGCUCUGACGAGCUCGACUACGAGUUGGAGAUUCGAGCCGCGCCUCACUUGAUUCUGAGCCUUCAAGAUAAAUGCCGACUGAUGGGUGAACAGUGGGGCACUCAAGUCGUGACUCAUCGACUGGAAGCUUUGGAUGUAACAGACGAGUUGAGAGCAGUACGAAUGAAGACUGCUGAAUUAGAAGUGCUUGCUUUGGAGAAUUGCGGCGUUCAGCGAUUUUCGAAGAGGCUGAACGCUCUGUUCUUUCACUUGUAUUAUCGUACUCGCCGCAUCAUGUUCCGUGGGGAGACCGAUGAGUUCUUGAAGAUCGCCAAGCGAAUCAACCGCGUGCAAACCGCAUGCGCGGCUGCUUACCCUAUGUAUGAGUAUCCCAUCCUUGUCCUGCCUGACGAUGACUUAGAUGCCAGAUUCUCACACUUGUCUCUUCAUGAAUCGCGCUCGACGGGUAGCAAGCAUACAUCGCACAGCUCCUCUAAGAAAAAGAGUAAGAAGAAGAAGGGUAAGAAGACCAAGAAGAAGUCGAGGCGACGUUCCUCCAGUGCUUCCAGUUCGACUUCAACCAGUUCAUCUUCCUCUGCCUCUUCUGAUGACCGCCGACAGUCUCGUUCGCAGAAAGUAAGGGAAGUUUCCCGUCUCCCUUACCACUACGGAGGCAAGAAAGAAGAAGAUCUCCAUGAGUUCCUAACCAAGUGUGAUAAUGCAGCCGAGAUGUACGGCUACUCGAGCAAGGAUUUGUUGGGAGGCAUGGGCGCACUACUACAAGGAAACGCUCUCACCUGGUUCACUGCUAGGAAACAUGAAUUGACGACUUGGUCGGAGUUCAAGAAAGAAUUGAAGGAAGCUUUCAACCCUGCCGGGAAUGAUAACGAAAUUUGGGAGAAGAUUGAGAAUUUGCGCCAGAGUUCCGAUGAAACGUAUGCGGUCUACGAGGCCCGUGCUGAAGAGUUAUUCAUGAGACUUAGCGAGGCACCUACAGAUAGAGAAAAACUUCGGAAGCUGCUAAAUGGACUUCACUACUACUACCGAAGCCGGCUCAAGAGUCAGGACAUGGUCUCGUUGAGUGUAUUGCGAAGGGAAUGUAAGGCCCAUGAACCUGAUAAGAUGCACCUGAUGCGGUUGGAGAAGAGGGAGCAAAGAAAAAAGGAAAAGGAAAAAGAAAAAGACAAAAAGAAAAGGACUCCAGACUCUUUCCCCGCUGUUUAUGCUGCAAAGAAGAGUACAUCCUCCUCCAGCUCUUCUGAAGAUGAAUCUGCCCUUGCCUCUAGCACUCCUGAAGCUAAAACCAAGAACCCUCUGCAUACUCCAGGAUUGCUUCCUUGCUGGCGUUGUGGAAGAACUGGACAUUUAGGUGCGAAUUGUACCAAUAGUAUUCGUUGCACUGUCUGUGGUAUGCCUGAUGUGCUUGCUACAUCUUGUCCAAAUUGUCGUCGUGCUGCUGAACUUGGGAAUUGGUCUGUUGCUUCGGGAAACUUAGCGGGAGCCUGGAUGGGGCCAAGCCAGAGCUCGUUCCAGAGGCCAGCCCCGUACUGGACACAGUUCCCUCCCCCAGCUACUUUUCGAAACCCUGCACCCCAUCUGGACCCUCGCUUUGCUCAAGCUUAUCCAGGAGGUCGAAUUCCUCGAAAUCCUCGACCACAGUAGGAAGAAACUUGAAACGGAAGACUU